AUGUUCGAUCCGAAAACGAAGAUUAUGAUUGGCAUUGCUAGCAGCUUACUAAUUGCUGCAAUCGUGUUGAUAGUCGUGGUACUGUCUCUUUACUUCAAGGUGUCCAAGGCAUUAACAGCCACAAAGGAAGCAGAUGUUGUGGCUUCAGACUGUACUCAUCCAUGCAAGACCACCCAGAGCAAAGCUGUCCCAGCCAAAGUCAUCCCUGCUGAGGCUCGCCGCGCCCUCCAGCCCUGUGAAGAAUGCUCUGUGUAUAUAGACGCUGGCACCCUGCCACCUUGCUUUUGUGGCACAAAUGAGGGACUCUGA